GCUCUUUUGUUUUUGUUGCAGUAUUCUCCCCCCCUCCCCUCCCUCCGUCCGUUCAGUUCAGUUUUGAGGCUGAGGUUUUUGUAAGUUCAGGUGCAUGUGCACAUGCACCAACUGUAGCUACAGUCGUUAUUCAUUGCAGUCAGUUCUAAAAUCUAUGACCAUGAUUACCGAUGAUGAAUCAGUGGAUGAGAUUGAAGAGUUGGAGUCAUUCAACCAUGGAAGUAGAUUCCAAUUUCCUGAUGUGCCCUCUGCGGGCAUGAUAGAAUGGUCUUAUGACAUGAGAAGAAGUAUGCAAGAAAUCGUGCCAGGCCUUUUCCUUGGUCCAUAUUCCGCAGCGAUGCCAUCAAAGCUUGAGACGUUGUUGGUAAAUGGAAUUACCCACAUUAUAUGUGUUCGUGCGACCAUGGAGGCUAAGAUUGUUCGCCCAAAAUUCCCAGACAGGUUUAGGUACCUUGUCUUAGACAUUUCGGACUGUCCUACGGAGAACAUCAUUCAACAUUUCAGCACUGUGCGGAAUUUUAUCAAUGAAUCUUUAGAAUCUGGUGGUAAAACAUUGAUUCAUGGGAAUGCUGGCAUCUCUAGGAGUGCUGCUCUUGCGAUUGCUUUUGUAAUGGAGAAGUAUGGUCUCAGUUACAAGAAAGCUUAUGCUCUUCUUCAAGCGAAGCGUUUUUGUGUGAAUCCCAACGAAGGAUUCUCCCAACAAUUAAUGGCUUAUGAGUCCAUCUACUUAGCAAAUCUCACUUGUCCUAGAUCCAAUUCAGAAUGUAAUUUGAAGCGACCCUUUGAUGACAUAGACAGAACAUUGGAAGCAAUGGAUACAGAAUCUUGAAAAUGAAUCUCUACCUCUCCACAUAUGAGUAUUAAGUCUGACAUAGCCUUGAUAGAUAAAACUAGUUCAGUACCCUACUUGUACAUAUUUUCUCUGAAAUUGUAGGUGUAAGGGAUGGAUUUUAUCAUCAUUAGUGAUUUUAAAAUCUGUAAUCCUUCUGUCUGUGUAUUGACUGUGAUGUGAAAUUCUGUUGCAAGAGUUCAUGUAUUGGUUCAGUAAGGCUGGAUCAAAUGUGUAGUUUUAAGUAAGCUGUUGAAGCAGUUUUAUGUUUAUUCUUAGAUUAUAGAAUUAUCAAAAAGACUGAAUACAGGAUUAAAAUUUUCCCAUCAACAUUAAAAAUUUGAGAGGCCUGAUGAGCAGUCUGUUGCACAUUACAAAAAUUCUGUUCAUCAAAGCAAAAAUGUUGAUGAAUGGGAUGCUCUUAAACUAAACUUAUUCAUACAUUGAUAGGAAUGUCAUUCAUAGUAGUCAUCUAAACUUUUCCUGUGAAAUUGAUACCAAACAAAUUCAUGUACCAUUUUAGGUUUAGGUUCUUUGGAUCUUUAGAUGUAAUAUGAAUGGCGUCAUGAAAUGCUGUUCUGAAGUGAGAUUCAUUUUUAAAACAAAUUUUAUUAGUGAACUUAGAGGAAAGAUAUUUAGAAUUCUUAAAAUGCCUAUACCUGAAAUCUUUUGUUUAGUCUUUGCAUGUGUCUGUUGUUAAAAGUGCAAUCAUCUCUCCACUUACUAUUUGAUAUAUACUAGAUCUUGGCUUUUGCACUCAAUUUGAUAAGAGACACACAUAAAGUGUUCUCUCAAAUUUUGACAAUUUUGUUGUAUCUAGUCCUAUAUUAAGUGUUAAAAUACAGAUUAAAGCUGUGUAUGUUUGACCAACACAUACAUUCUUUCGUAAUUUAAAAAACGAAAAAUUAUUUUUGGACUAAGUGCUAUGUUGAAUUUUAUACCAACAGUUAAAUUGUCAAUUAAAGUCAGCAAGGUUUUGUUUAAACAAAA